GGUGCUGAGCUGGGGAAAUCUGUGGUGUACCAGGAAACCAAUGGAGAAACAAGAGUUGAAAUCAAGGAAUCAGUGCGGGGACAGGAUAUCUUCAUUAUACAGACAAUCCCCAGAGAUGUAAAUACUGCUGUGAUGGAGCUGCUCAUAAUGGCAUAUGCCCUGAAGACAUCCUGUGCCAGGAACAUCAUUGGGGUCAUCCCUUACUUCCCCUACAGCAAACAGAGCAAAAUGAGGAAGAGAGGCUCUAUAGUCUGCAAGCUAUUGGCUUCCAUGCUGGCCAAGGCAGGUUUAACACACAUUAUUACUAUGGACCUUCAUCAAAAGGAAAUUCAAGGUUUCUUCAGCUUCCCAGUAGACAACCUGAGAGCAUCCCCUUUCUUGCUGCAGUAUAUACAGGAAGAAAUUCCAGAUUACAGAAAUGCAAUUAUUGUAGCCAAGUCUCCAGAUGCAGCUAAAAGGGCUCAGUCUUACGCUGAGAGGCUGAGGCUGGGGCUGGCAGUGAUCCAUGGAGAGGCUCAGUGCACAGAGCAGGACAUGGACGAUGGACGCCACUCCCCUCCGAUGGUCAAAAAUGCAACUGUGCAUCCUGGCCUGGAGCUGCCAUUGAUGAUGGCCAAGGAGAAACCACCAAUAACUGUGGUUGGAGACGUUGGAGGAAGAAUUGCCAUCAUUGUGGAUGACAUCAUUGAUGAUGUGGAAAGCUUUGUGGCUGCUGCAGAGAUCCUGAAAGAGCGGGGAGCCUACAAGAUUUUUGUGAUGGCCACUCAUGGGCUCCUGUCAGCAGAUGCCCCUCGUCUGAUAGAGGAGUCCUCCAUUGAUGAGGUAGUAGUAACCAACACAGUUCCUCACGAGGUCCAGAAGCUGCAGUGCCCCAAGAUAAAGACUGUGGAUAUCAGUUUGAUCCUCUCUGAAGCCAUCAGACGGAUUCACAAUGGGGAGUCCAUGGCUUAUCUGUUCCGCAACAUCACCGUGGAUGACUAGACCUGGCUCUGCCCCUCUCCUGGCUUCCACAAGAGAAGGAAACAUGCAUGAAAAGGCAAUACCAUCAAUUAUAGGCAUAACACAACUCUUUAUUCUUGUAGGGGCAUGAAGGUUUUCAGGGUCUUGAGCCACAAGAUCUAAUAGAAAAACAACCAACCAACCUGACCAGCACUUUACAAGUGUAUAGAAGAGCCCACUGGCAGUGGGGGAGGAUUGGAUCUGUAGAGAGAUGGAGAAAUGAGGUGGUGUUGAAUUUGUAAGAUUUUUUAUUUUUUAUUUUUUUUUAGUCUGUUAUCUCUUGCCCUGUAGGG